CGUCUGCACCCAGUGGCGCACUGAAUGGCUCGGUUGUACGCAGGAGGAGGGCAGACACAUCGAGACGCACUGGGCUGUUUGCAGCUCUCAGUGGACGAGUGGCGCUUCAGUAGCACGCAGCUCCAGCCUGCGGUGCGCAGAAACACUGCGGACGUUAUACGUAACCUCAUUAAUGUGUGACUGACUCAGGAUCUUCUGCUGGAGGACACGCUUUUCUUCGAGCACUGCAGCAGCAACCGGGGGGGAAUAUCUCACCACUACACAGACAGACGACAGGCUGGUUCAGAUCCCCGUGAGUUCGGUGCAUCCUAGGACACUCUGUGCAGACGAUCCAAACCUCCCCAUGAUUAUUCAACCUGACAAUCACGAGAUGCUACCCUGAUUGCUGGUUCGGCCACACUUCAAGCGAGAUGUCAACUACUACAGAGAACGGGAUGGCGGGGCCCUGGAGCACCAGCAGAGAGAAAACCUACAAGAAGACCACAUCGUCGGCCCUGAAGGGGGCCAUUCAGCUGGGCAUUGGCUACACAGUGGGCAACCUGACCUCCAAGCCUGACAGAGACGUGCUUAUGCAAGACUUCUACGUGGUGGAGAGCGUCUUUCUACCCAGCGAGGGAAGCAACUUGACCCCAGCACAUCACUACCCCGACUUCCGCUUCAAGACCUACGCCCCGCUGGCCUUCCGCUACUUCAGGGAUCUGUUUGGCAUCAAACCAGACGACUAUCUGUACUCCCUGGUCAACGAGCCUCUGAUCGAGCUGACCAACCCAGGCGCCAGCGGGUCUUUGUUCUACCUAACCAGCGACGAUGAGUUCAUCAUCAAAACCGUCCAGCACAAAGAGGCCAAGUUCCUCCAGAGACUUCUACCUGGAUACUAUAUGAACUUGAACCAGAACCCACGCACGUUACUGCCCAAGUUUUACGGCUUGUACUGCAUCCAGUCGGGGGGCAUCAACAUCCGACUGGUGGUGAUGAACAAUGUGCUGCCUCGCUCCGUCAAAAUGCACUACAAAUACGACCUGAAGGGGUCCACGUACAAGAGGCGGGCGUCCCGGAAGGAGCGGGAAAAGUCCUGUCCCACGUACAAGGACCUGGACUUCCAGGACAUGCACGAGGAAGGGCUUUACUUUGACGCGGAAACGUACAACAACCUCAUGAAGACUCUGCAGAGAGACUGUCGGGUGCUGGAGAGUUUUAAGAUCAUGGACUACAGCCUGCUGCUGGGCGUGCACGUCCUGGACCACAGAGAGGGGGGGGAGGCGGGCCAGCCUGGGGGAGACGGGAGGAGGCCCCUAGCCCAGAGGGUGCUCUACUCCACCGCCAUGGAGUCCAUCCAGGGAGACGGGAAGGCCGCGGAGGCCCUCACCACGGACGACACGAUGGGCGGCAUUCCUGCAAAAACACACAAGGAGGAGAAGCUCCUCAUCUUCCUGGGCAUCAUUGACAUCCUGCAGUCAUACAGGUUCAUUAAGAAGCUGGAGCACUCGUGGAAAGCCCUGGUGUACGAUGGCGACUCGGUUUCAGUGCACCGGCCCGGGUUCUACGCCAGCCGCUUCCUCAAGUUCAUGAGCACGCGGGUCUUCAGGAAGACGCAGCCGCUUCGAUUCUCCCCCUCAAAGAGGACCCGCACCUCCAUCCCCGCCCUGAAGUCGUCCUCCCAGGAGAUCCUCUCCUCGCAGGCGGACGAUAGGAGCGAGGGCAGGAGGGAGCGUCUGGGAGGCGCCCGCAGUCUGGCCAGUCUGGACGGACAAGCCGCGUUCGACUCGUACCUGCGCCCCGACCUGGUCCCUGCCGACCCGUCCUUCCACGAAGACUCCUCCAUGGGAACCGUCUCCACCUCCUCCAUCUUUGUCAGCGUGGACAAUCAGACGCACGAGAGGGAGGACGUUGCUUCCAGCUCCACGUUCACGCUGGAGGACAGCGCUAUCUGCCUCACCUCGGAGCAGAGCACCAUGGACGUGGACAUAGACCGCGACGAUGGAUCAGUGCUGGACGUCUACUUGUGAAACGAGCUGCUCCACAAACGUCAUUUCCUCCUGCCAAACACAAGACAAUCGCCGCGCUCCGUGGGACGAGGCCACGCUGGCCUGUGAUGCUACUUGCCGUGCUGCUACACCCAUGUCCACUUGUAUUGCCAACACAUACCAAGACUGAGAUUUCCCACCGGUCUAAAGGAACAUGCCACCAAGUCACAGUGACGCAUAUGUGCAGGAACCGUGUGACAUAUGUGCUCAGACCGAGUGUUGCUUUUUAGGCCAUUUGUCAAUGCAGUGCCAUUAAGUUUUAUAUAUGUAUCCUGUUUAUUAGCCUACACAAGUCCCUAAACUAUAUAAACCCGAGGAACAGGAUGGACAGUGUGUUUUCUGCUGCUCAGAAUUAACGAGACACUUUUAAAGGUUGCAAGUGCAUUAAUCAUGGAUCAGAUGAUAAACGUUUACAGUGGAUUCACGUUGGCGUCGCUCGUAGCCACAGCCGACGCGGAUGAGGACAGACUCCUAUGAACACACCUGCUGUGGUUAAACUGACCGGACACAAACCUCGAGCGAAGGAACGCGAGACCAGACGGUUACUGGGUCGUGGGUGAAACACGCGGAGGGACGACGGACUCGCUAAUGACAAAAAGGCACUUUUGACGUUGUUCAUGAUCACUGUGAGGAACAGAGGAUCUGAGGAUGUUGGUACCUGACAAAAGCACAGAUUGGUGCGUGAACAUGCACUUUUCCCCCUCUUUUUACUCUACAAAUCAACACCUCUGUAAGUCAUGGAUGCUAAAUGUACAGAGACGAUGAAGGACCGUUGUGCAUCAUUUUGUGAAGCUACUAGUUUUUGAGCUUUGUCAUGGCUGAAGUUGCUUUUUACUCAGGAUGUUCUUUGAUACUGAACAAGCGUGUCCUCCAAGAAGUGGCGAGACAAUUAUCCUACAGUUAGAAGCUGUCCCAUACCUCUUCCAGCUCAUUUCUGACUAUAAAUGUUGAAAUCCACCACCACCAGUUGAGAUCAUUGUGUGAAUCUCAAUAUUUUACCAUUUGCUGAAAACAUUUCAAUUGCUGAAUGUAAAGACAAAGCAUAUUUAUAUAUAGAAGAGACUCCUAUGAAUAAACCGCUACAAUUCAGUGGCAAGUGAA